AUGGCCGUCGGUUUGGCGGCAAACGUCUCGCUCAACGCCCUGGACGAAGAGGCGCGGGCCGAAGUUGAUGUCCUGAACUCACGUCUGGACAAGACGACCCAGCUCACCAAGAAGAUCCAAGCAUGCCUCGGCAGACUUGAGGCUACGGGAAAAAGUGUGCGCGAGGUAGCAGGGCCUUUGAAUGGCGAGACUCGGCGAUUGCAGGUUCUGGGAUCAAAUGUUGACUCCGUCAUCUCCGCAAUCGAUCGUCUUCGACAACCUGCCGACAGUAAAGAUGACGAAGAGCAGAUUAUUCGGGCUGGUCCCGAGAAAGCCGGCUUGUCUGCCUACCUCGCAUCGAUGAAGCGCAUGAACAGGUCGCAUGCCGAUAUGCAGGCGUCCAACUUGCGGGCCAACCAAAAUACCAUGGCGGAUAUGACCCGUCUAAUGAAAACCGGAAACGCCCAACUCGAAGCUUUCUUUGACAAGCUGCUUCGCAACGAGACACCGCGAUCCCUCGAGCCGCUCCAUUUUAUCACAAAAGACAAAGAGUUCCCUGUUCUGCCUCAGGAGGCCAUUACACGAUUGGGUCUGAUAUACUCACACCUUGGAAGCAAUCAGAAAGGGGCUGGAUAUGAAUCGCCAAUUGCAAAAAUAUAUAGCGAGAUCCGUGGACCGUACUUGUCGGCGUCCUUGGUCAACCUCGCAGCCGCCAGCGUGAAUACAGCCAAGAAGAAGAAUCCUGGAGCAAUAUACAGAUCCGGCACCAAUGGUAUCGGAACGUACGCCCAAGCGAUGGAUGGAAUCUUCGUCGCAGAGUAUGAGAAUGUCUGCAGCAUUUUUGCUCGCGAGGACUGGGGCCCUGUGUUCCAGGCUGCGUGCCAAGCUCCCCUUGCCGAGCUCGCCAGAACUUUGCGCGAACUCAACGCCCAUAUCAAGCUGCACUUGCCGACUGAUUGCUAUCUCGCAUACGAAGUGGUAGAGAUCCUGUCUACGCUGUCCGGAAACCUGGAGACCAGAACCGGUGAACUCAAGCCACAACUUGCAGCGGCUCUGAAGCCCGUGAGGGAAACGGCCAAGUCGUCGCUAGCAGAACUUCUUGAAGACACAAAGCGCAAGAUUGGUUCUGUACAAACAUUACCCAACGACGGUGCAGCCCUGCCUAUUGUGACAGAGACUAUGCAACGUCUCCAGGCUAUGAUGGAGUUUCUCCGCCCUAUAGCUAGCAUUAUGAUUUCGCUUGGAGAUGGCGGGUGGAAGAAUGGCGCGUCUGCUCGUGGCGCAGACGCCAUUCCCAGCCUGGCUUCAUUCGAUGUCACUGCCGACGGCCAGCAAAUCUUUACGCACUACUGCAUCGAUACAAUUGAAGCACUUCUCACGGCGCUAGAUUCCAAGAUGCGCCUGUUGAUCCGUAACAAGUCGACGCAGGGCGUCUUCCUUGCCAACAGUGUCGUGAUCAUUGAGCGCUCCAUCGGCAACUCGGAUUUGGAGCCACUCCUGCAGCCGCGUCUUGACGUGCUCGACCCGUGGCGCAAGAAAGCGACCAUGAGCUACACGGACGUGUGCAGAGACCUGUCGGCGCACCUCUUCGACGCCAUCCACACGUCGCAGCGCGCGCGGCCACAGUCAGGCGGACCGAUCGACUCGGCCACAGUCGUAAAGGCGCUGAGCAGCAAGGACAAGGACAAGAUCAAGGACAAGUUCCACUCGUUUAACGCCGCCUUUGAGGAGAUGGUCGGCAAGCACAAGGCGUAUAGCAUGGAGCGGGAGGUACGCGUCAUGUUUGCGCAGGACAUCCGCCAAAAGCUGCAGCCGCUGUACGAUCGCUUCUGGGACCGCUACCACGAGAUUGAUAAGGGCAAGGGCAAGCACGUGAAGUGGGACAAGACGGCUAUUGCUGCCGUUUUUGUUAGCCUCGCUUCAUAA